UCCUGUCGUAAAACCGGAAGUACUUUUUAAGUUGAUGGUAUACGCUUGCGGGAUGUAACAUUUGUUUCAGAUAAUUAAUUGGAUAUAGCUAACAUUGUAACAAGUAUUGUAUGAUACACACACACACAUACAUACAUAUAUAUAUUUUUAGAUACUUCGCAUUUUAAGUUUGCACAGCCGUAGCGAGGGCGUGUAAAAUGUCGGACGUGUAUAGCCAAGUGCAUGAAAGAGAAAACACUUUGGAAUCCUCCCAGGACAAGGAGCAUCCUAGGAUUUUGAUUCCUGAACUCUGCAAACUUUUCUACCACCUAGGAUGGGUGACUGGUACAGGGGGAGGAAUAAGCCUUCGACAUGGGGACAAGAUAUAUAUUGCCCCCUCUGGAGUCCAGAAGGAGAGGAUACAGUCAGACGACCUGUUUGUAUGUGACUUAGAGGAGAGGGACCUGUGUUGCCCAUCACCAUCAAAGAAACUUAAGAAAAGUCAGUGUACCCCUCUGUUUAUGAAUGCAUACACCAUGAGAGAUGCUCGAGCAGUGAUACAUACACAUUCAAAGGCUGCAGUGAUGGCAACUUUGCUGUUUCCUGGCAAGGAAUUUCACAUCACUCACCAAGAAAUGAUUAAGGGGAUCCGGAAGGGGAACACUGGCACAAACUACAGGUAUGAUGAGACUCUGGUGGUGCCCAUCAUAGAAAAUACCCCAGAGGAGGUGGACCUGAAGGAACGAAUGGCUCAGGCUAUGGAGAAAUACCCAGACACUUGUGCCAUCCUUGUGCGGCGUCAUGGGGUGUAUGUCUGGGGUGAAUCCUGGGAAAAAGCAAAAACUAUGUGUGAGUGCUAUGACUACUUGUUUGAUAUUGCACUACAGAUGAAGAUGUGUGGUCUUGACCCUUCUGUGCUCCCACAAGCACAGAACGACUCAUGCUGAACUGCAAGAGAAGGCUCAAACUUUAACAUUUUAAAGUGAAAUGUUUUUAUAAACACAGCAGGAAAUGAGGAUUAACUUGAUCAAAAAAGUUACAAAGUCUUGACCCAUGAUAGUUUAAAUGUUGUCAUGAUAUUCUUUGAAAUCUGAAUUGCAUAGAGAGAAAUGCACUUUUGCUUAAAUUCAUGAAGUGUGCAUCAUUAAUUCCUCAUAAAUGUGCCACAGUAACUAUGAGUGUGACAGGAAGGAUUUUGAUUGUCUUGGAAUGCGCAUGUAAAACUGAAAGCGCAAUUAUCUUUCGACUGAUUUUUUUUUUACUUGUAUUAAAUGUUGAAAAGAAGCCAUCAUUGAAAUUGCUAAGCUGGCAAUAAUUUUCUUUGAGUAAAAAUGUUUUAGCGUAA